AGAGAGAGAGAAGGACGGAUAGCACGGAAGGAAGGACGGACGGAAGGAAAGGAGGAGAGGUGGAGAGAGAGAGAGAGAGAAGUCUGACAGAGGAGAGGAAGAGUGUGAAGAAGGGGCUCGUCUGGAACGCAGAAGGAUCCUGAGGAGUGAGCCCUGGGCUGGAUGGGACCCACCAUGCCCCCCAGUAAGAAGGCCCAGAGCCCCAGCAGUGGAGCCAGUGCCUCGCAGGGCAUGAGCCCGCCGUACCGGCAGGGGGACGCCGCCACGGCGGCGUCCGAGGCCGAGGCGGCCGACCUCUCCCUUUCCCUGUCCGCCUCCUUCUCCAAGGCCGAGGACGAGGAGCUCACCAGCCUCUCCUGGCUCCACGAGAGCACCGACCUCCUCAACAGCUUCAGCCACUCCGGCCUGCGUAGCGUCUCCCCCCUGCAGGACCCCGACGGCCAGCACCCCCGCUCGCCCUCCUCCUCGUCCCCCUCCCCGGACGACCCCCUGCUCGGGGACGCACACUCGGCGUACGACUUGGCGGCGGGCGCCAACCGGAAACCUCCGUACUCCUUCAGCUGCCUGAUCUUCAUGGCCAUUGAGGACGCGCCCAACAAGCGGCUCCCGGUGAAGGAUAUCUACGGCUGGAUUCUGGAGCACUUCCCUUAUUUUGCAAGCGCCCCCACAGGCUGGAAGAACUCUGUGCGCCACAAUCUGUCUCUCAACAAGUGCUUCAAGAAGGUGGAUAAAGAUCGCAGCCAGAGCAUAGGCAAAGGCUCGCUGUGGUCCAUAGAUCCGGAGUAUAGGCACAACCUGAUCCAGGCACUGAAGAAGACGCCCUACCACCCCUACUCGCCCGGCCUGGCCACCCCCUCCACCUCCCCACCCACCCUACCACAGACCUUUCACCACAGCCCUCCGUUGUGGUCGGGGAGUCCCCUCUUCAGAAAGAACGGAGGAGUUCUCCUACAAGUUCCUCGUGGCGUGAUCCAAAAUGGCGCCCGUGUCAGGAGCCAGGCCCUCUUCCCCGUUAUCAGACCCCUACCUGUCAGCCCUGUGGGGAGCAGAACCUCGGCCAUAAGAUCAUCCCUGGGAGAUUAUCUGAGCCGAGGACAGGACAGCCCAUCCCGCUACUCUCCUCCUCUCUGCAGCGAGGACCUCCAGGACGAUCACACCUACAGCACCGCCAAGUCCCCCAGCAGGCUGUGUUCCUCCCAGGUCGCCGCCCCUUCCUCCCCGCUGGACGACGACGACAUCAUCGCCGUGGAGAUCCAAUCAGACGUCAAGCCCGAGCCCCGGGAGAUCCCGCUGGACGCUCACAUCACCACUGCCGCCGCUACCUUCAUUUCCCAGCAGCCCCUGCGCGGACAGAGACGGAGUUCGGGGGCGGGGGCUGGGACUCUGGCGGGGAGCAGUUUGCCCUGGACCAAAAACCGAGCGAGGGGCAUUAGCGACACGCUGCCGCUGAAGAAGCGGCGCGCGGUGGAGAAGCCGCCGGAGAGCGACGACGAGGAGAUGAAGGAGGCGGCGGGGUCGCUGCUCCACCUGGCGGGGGUCAGAGCCUGCCUCAACAACAUCACAAACCGCACCGCCAAGGGCCAGAAGGAGCAGAAAGAGGCCCUGAGAAACUAAGACACACAUAGGACAAACACACGGUCAUGCAAACACACACACACACACACGCACACAUUAACACACAGACACAUACACAACACACAAAUAGGUCAACAGGUAACGUUACUACAGCAUUAGUCUCAACGGACACUUGUCAUCUCCCUCUAUCUAUCUGCAGGGCAUUAGGUGAAUCCUACUUAUUUGUGGCAAUAUCAAAAAUCUAUGUUUUCCUACAUGUUCAGCAACACUAACAUCAAUGGGUAUUUCUCAUGUGUCUUUGUUGUUUUUGUUGUUUAAAAGGGGAUGAAAGCCAUAAAAAAAAAAAAAAAAAGAAGCAUGUUUUGUCACUAAUUUGGACAAGCUGAACGGGACGGAACCGAGUCACACUGAGGAGCGUACGGUACGGUACGGUACAGUACAGUACGGGAAGAGAAGAUGGCUGUUUGUCUUACCUGUUUGUUUCUAUGUGAAUCUGUAGCAAUCUAGCAGUGAUGUCAGCAACGGCGGCAGAGCCCACGGGACCCCGGGUCCACCUGAGGAGGCGCGCGUGGGGUCGGGGCCGAGGGUGGGGCGGGGCUUCCCUCUCAGCCGCUCGCUGGCAUCACUCUCCUACAUCCACGAGCACAAAUGUGAGACUGUGCCAAAGAUAAGCGACCAGGUUGCUUCAUGUAGCCGAUAACGACAGCUGACAAAAAAACAAAAAAAAACAAAAACGAAGGCAUAGUAGUAAAGAGCUAAAGAGAGUGACCUUAAGUGUCAAAAUAAAUGUAAAACCCAAUGUGAUAUAUAUUCAUGCACUUAAGAUUAUUUUACGCCACUUAUAAUAAAAGCAUCAUGGGUAAAGACAUGGUUUAUUUCAAGAGCACUCAUAGUAUUUAAGAAUAAAUAUAUUAAAAUGAAAAAAACGGUCAUGUUUAUCACCAUAGAGAUGGAUAGUGUGCCGGGUCUGAGGCAAUAUCUCCUUCAUUUUGUUGUUGUUGUUGCAUAAUGUAAACCCCGAACCCCCCCACCCCCCACCCCACCCCCGUACUUCUGUCCAUAGACGUAGACACCUGGUAUAGAUACCAUAGCUACCAGUAGCUACCACUUCCUAUUCAUUUGACAACGUCAAAGAACUAUAUACAUGAACUGUGGGUUUAGAUUUCUGUUUGUGUCUGUUUACCCUCACUCUACCCUCAUAAAGAUAUAAGCAAUUUGUCCCAUGCGGGCAACUCUGUAAAAAGGUUAGAAAAUAUUUUAUUUUUUUCCUUUCUUAAUUGAAGCAAUUUGACCUGCAGGACUUUCUCAGUUAUAUUGCAUGGGUGCUUGUAAAUAAGAUAAGAAGCAAAUCUUUUUUAUUCAAAGAUCAUGUAAGAUAAACGAUGUAUUUAGCAUGAAGCAUGACUUAUUUUCAUAUAAACCUUGAUCCUAGAGGAAAGAAAAAAAGUUUUGCCGCCAAUUCUUAUACCCGUGAUUAUAUUGGAGGUUUGUUUUGUUUUGUUUUGUUUCCUCCUUUUUUUUAAAAAAAAAAAAAUUUUUUUUUUUUUUUUUGUUUUCGUUUUGUUUCGUUUAGUUUUCUUCUGAGCGGGCUUUCAAAGACACGUCUUCAGGGAGGAACGUGGGAGAUCACUCUGCAAUUAGUGGCCCGAGGGUGCCACCUCCGGGCUCCGGGUUCAGGCUAUGUAGGCCAGCUGAAUCACCUCUUAGGGGUGGGCUUCCGUCUUCUUCUGCCUGUACAGUGAUUUAUUUUUUAAAUUUUGUUUUCGGUGUUCAAUGUUAACCCCGGUGUUAUUUCAGAACACGUCUGUGGAGUGUGUGAGUUUGUGUGCCCAGGGACACACACCCUUUAACAUUGUGCCUGCCUGCCUGCCUGCCCUCAGUACCUCUGUUGUCACGACAGAACGUUUACCUGUCUUUAUUUAUAACAGUAUUGGUUGGAUUUGAUUUUUUUUUUUUUUGUUUCUCUCUCCAGUGUGUAAAUGUACAUGUGUCCUUACUUUCCAUCGACAUCGUUCAGUGUAAGUGUAUGGAACCGGACUGGCACGGGAAAACUUUGUAGGUGUCCUGAAAGAACCUCAUAUCUCAAAAAAAAAAAGAAAAGUAAAAAAAGGCUACAUGGGAGGAACUAAAAAAAAGGAAAAAGAACCGGUAACUGACAAGUUUGUUUUUAAAUUUCCAUACAGUACUUUUAAAUUAAAGUAAUCACUAGCCUUUGUGGAUGCCAAGCUUGUCUGGAGGGCUCCUUCUGGAGAUUAGAGGCUGUUUUUUUUUCUUUUUUCUUUUACAUUUUGCCACUUUGCAAAGUGAACGUCCCUCUUAGGGUCAUGAAAACACUUUUGAAAUUCGCAAGGGCAGCCGUGAGCUUUGCCACCCCUUUGCAUCGGAGGCGAUAUAGAUGCUGCGCCGCCAUGGCCUGUUUGGUAUGCUUAAACAGGACUGCCUAAAAGUAUUAAUUCUCCCUCAUCUGCAGAGUUGCGGCGCAUAUAUAUAUAUAAAAAGCAGCACAGGCCGGUCGUAGCAGCAGAGUGGAGCCGGGUUUUUGUGGAAGCCGAAUGGACGCUGAGCCCCCGUCAGCGGGGCCGAGCUGGGGGGGAAACAAACGCAUGCCUCAUCCACCGGUCCAGUCUUUUCGCCACCUGUAGCAUGCAUCACCGGCUUUGCAUUUUGUACGGCGCCCAUGCCGACAUAUGAAAAAAUAGGCUGAAAGGAGACACUGUCAGUGUUCUUGUCGUGUGCCAUCCGUCUCUCGUCUGAUACCUGUCCGAGUGCCCCCCCCGUGGCCCGGGUCAAGCGCUCCGCUGUAUUUGAUGUAACCAUCCGCCGCCGUGGUGACUAAUAAACGUGUUCAGGAGGCUUGUUGGGGAGGAAAUGCGUUGCUUUAGCAACCACCCUCUCUCCCCCUCUGACUCACAUGGUGACAUGCAGGAGAGGUGAACUCCUGACCCGCGGGUCUCGGAAAAUAUAGAGCGACGCACAAGAUUCACCCGCGACAUUUUAAAGCAAAGAAAACAUACGCGUCACUGCCUGAAACGCCCCCGAAAAACAAGUGUUUCUUUCAAACCUGCCAAACACUACUAAAUGCUCUAAAAGAAAUAGUUGCCAAUCCUUUAUUUUUUUUUAUUUGUUGAUACGUUCUAAGACGCCUUUUUAUCCUUUGUUUCGCUUUUCUCUCAGACAAAAUAAUCUACAGUACUGCCAUCUUUUUUUUUUUUCCUUCGGUGACUGCCUGAGCUGAGUAUCGGAAAGCCAUAGGUUAGAGAUGUCAAAAUGCAAAACUGUUAUUGAUCUGUGAGAUGUGAUGCAGAGUACGCCCAGGUGUUGGUUUUUUCUUUUUUCUUUUUCUUUUUUUUUUGUUCCUUUUCAGUAAGUGUUCAGUUUUUCUCCUUAUUGUGCAAUCAUAUUGCCAAAGAAUGAUUUCAAGACCUAUUUCAUCACUACAUGUAAAUAUCAACGUUGUCCAAUACCGUGGCAAAAAAUAUAUAAAUGUCGUUUUAUUUUGUUUUCCAUUUUCUGAAAAACUACAAUGAUGUUUAUGUGAUGUAUUGUCUUCCAGUUGGUUGCAAUAAUAAAAAAAAUACAAGUUGCAGAA